UGGUUAAUAGGAGGACAGGCUGCAGGUGGAAAGACAUGCAGACUGAUGAGCAGCAGCAGAGGAGCUACUGUGUGCAGACAGUCAGGGCUGAGCCGUGGAGACAUAAGCAACGAUUGACGUUACUGAUCUGUCCCUGCAGCAGACAAACAUUGUUCUAACUGCAGGACAGAAGCAGCUUUAUUUAUUUUUCUUUAAAGGCAUGGUGUGUCCGUCUGCCUGUGCCGUUCAACGGGACGCCGGUGAAUAACACUUGCAGUCAGAUUGCUGGGUAAAUGACUUGAGAAACUCUCGUCGAAGUCAGCGGACAGAGAAAGCGGUUUUAUGGGAAAUGAAUGUAACCGGGAAACAACAGCAACCUGAGCUGAUCGAGCGACCCGCCAGCCUUUUGGUUCCAACUUGGGUACAGGACUAUGGCAAAUGGUGGACAUGGAAUCUACCAGAGAAAUCAGACAAAAUCUGGAAUUGCUUUGCUGUACAAUGAGGAGACCAACAAUACCUAUGAUGUCUGCCUGAAAUUGACCAAAGAGGUAUUAACCAUACAGAAGCUGGAUGUGGUUUGCACAAGUGGAAGUGAAUCCCAAGUAAAUCACAGAACUGUUGUAUUGCGAAGACAGACGACUGGCGGUCUGGGCUUAAGCAUCAAAGGGGGUGCAGAGCACAACGUACCUGUGGUUAUUUCUAAGAUUUUCAAAGAUCAAGUAGCUGAUCAGACAGGGAAGCUGUUCGUCGGGGAUGCUGUGUUGCAGGUCAAUGGCAUUAAUGUAGAGCCUUGUACUCAUGAGGAAGUUGUUCACCUCUUGCGCACUGCAGGAGAUGAGGUCACCAUCACUGUUCGGUACCUCCGAGAAGUUCCAUCGUUUCUGAAACUGCCUCUAGGUUCUCCCGGUCUGUCUACUGAUCACAGUCGAGUAUCCUCACCACUCUUUGACAGCGGCUUACAUUUAAAUGGAAAUGGCAACAACACAGCUCCAUCACCCCCUUUGCCCUCAGCUAAUGAACCAAAGUAUGAGAAGCGCUGGCUGGAUGCCGUCUCCAUACCCUUGUUGAUGGCCAGAGUCUCCAGAUACAAAGCUGGCACAGAUAAAUUAAGGUCCAACUGUUUUGAAGUAUUCGCCUUGGAUGGAGCCAACACCAAUAUUCUUCAAUUUUGCACUGCAGCAGAAAGCACAGACUGGCUUCAAGCAAUAUCUACAAAUAUCAAUGACUUGACACAGGAGAAUAUAAAGAUCAUCAACAAAUAUUGUUCCUCAGAUGACCAGAUUGUUCACAUGGGCUGGGCAUGUGAAAGUCUAGAGGGUACCACUGCUGGUAGAACUUCAGCAUUCAAGUUCCUGGCACUGAGAGGACCAUAUUUUUAUAUCUUCAGAAAUCCCCCAAUCAGUGCUGCUGACUGGGGACAAGCUGAAACAACAUAUAACCUCUAUGAGGUUCUUUUCAAGGUCCACAAGCUAUGGAUGGCAGAGGACUGCUGGCUUCAGGCGAGGCUCUACUUGGGGCUCGAGCAUUCGCCUGAGCAGCAAGACAAUGAGUCUCUGUGCUUCAGUAUUCUGGUCGGCCACGGCCAGAGCCACACCUUCAGGGUAGAGCUGGCCACUGACCUGGCUAUAUGGGAGAAGUCCUUCCAAAGAGCUGUCUUCUUGGAAGUGCAGCGAAUACGAUCCAAAAGCUACAUGUGUAGCAGCCAUGGGAAUGUACUGUGCUUCACUAUAGAUUUCGGAUCAGGCUUCACCUGCUCAGAAGGAACUUCAAAGACUGUACUGUGGCGAUAUAAGUUCUCUCAACUUAAAGGCUCCUCGGAUGAUGGAAAAACCAGGGUAAAACUCCUUUUCAAGAAUGCGGAAAGCAAGCAAAUAGAAAUGAAGAAUAUGGCUGUCAAGUCACUCCAAUGUGCAACUCCCCACUUGACAGGGAGGAGGCAUCGACCCAGAGUCCACAAUGGAUUUUUUCAAAAGGAACUAGAGUUUGCUAAUCUAACAGCAGUCCUCCACUGUAUACAUUCUUUUAUCGCUGCCAAAGUGGCCUCCAUGGACCCUCUCUUUAUGUGCAGUCAAAGCUUCCCUGGAAAUUACAUGAACAGUUAAGAAGACACAUCCUCAUCAUCAUGUGCACCUGUGGCAAAUCAGCAGUAUUUUAUGCACAGAGCCAAUUAAUAUGUAUAUCUUGUUCUUGCUAUUUUUGUAUGAACUACUGAAAAAAUCCUUUGUAAGCGACUGUAGAGGUAGAUAAUGUAUGACUUAAUUGUGGAAGGAAGAUGUUAUUUAAUUUUUGACAACUGAGGAAAAAACACAAUUUGAAGUGAUUCACGGUUCUUCCAUUUCUUUGAUAUUUUUUCUCUCAUGACAUAAUGGGCACUGAUUCUAAUCGGAGGUUAUUUGUCUAUUGUCACUUUUAAAGGCAGCACACAUGAUACCAUAUGGUGUGUAACUGCCAUACAUUCGACAACAUGACGCAAAUUGCCAAAUAUAGCAACUGCCACUGUGUUAAGCAGAAGAUCUCAGCUGAAGUCCUAUCUAUGAAGAGUUAUGAUGCUGUACCUACAUCCAGUGAGGAGGUACAUUUUAACUGACAAAAUAGAUCUGAUGCUGGCUUACUGUCACAGGGGGAAUUCACAUUUGCCACAGACCUUUGACAGGGAUUUUCUUUUCUUCAAAUCCACCAUUGAACAGUAAUGAAAAGGUAACCUUUCUCCUUUCCCACUUCUUUGGUUUACUAGAUUUUUGUUGUUGUGUGUGUGAUUGUGGGAAGGGGGUGACACAAACACCUUACAAUAUAAUGUAGCCUAAUAAGCCUCCAAAUAACCCCUUAAUUGAAUGAACGCAUCUCUGAUAUUUUCCCAACUAAAGCUAAACAUGAUCAGCUUCACAGGGUAGCAUUUACUGCAUUGCUACUUUAUUGGCUGAGGUUUAAUUGUAUGAUGUUUGUGUUAGUGUGUCCAUCGUUUGUAUCUAAUAAAGGAAAAAGGCCUGAGUUUAAAUCUAUCUGGCCAAUGAGGUCACAGUAUUCAAAAUAUUGUUAACGACCCACUUUUGUCAACUCCCGUUUGAAUACAGUGAAUGUCUUCAGUUCCUUCAUGUAAUGAUUUCUGUGUUAAAAUGCAUAUUUGCUGUCUUUUCAAUAAAUUGCUCAUAAAGCACAACUCCCUGUCGUC